GACGCGAUGCAAGCACGAGACCUCCGGAAGUGGGCAGUUCCUUCAUCCUUGAAAUAAAAUGGCGACGACUAGCGUAUUCCGAAGACCAUCCAGGCCUCGAAGUGGCUCUAAGAAGAGUGCUUUAUACGAUGCUGAUGGCAAUGAAGUAGAGGUUGAAACAAGAGAAGACGAGGAACAGAAUGUCAAGCUAGGAGAAACCAUUGAGCUGCUUGUUGCUGCGGGUUACUUCAGGGCCAGGAUCAAAGGCCUCUCUCCAUUCGAUAAGGUUGUUGGGGGUAUGACAUGGUGUAUCACGACAUGCAAUUUUGAUAUCGACGUCGAUCUACUCUUCCAAGAAAACUCCACCAUUGGCCAGAAAAUUGCCCUUACGGAAAAGAUUGUAGCUGUUCUUCCGAGGAUGAAGUGCCCUCAUCGCAUUGAGCCUCAUCAGAUCCAGGGUCUGGACUUUAUUCACAUUUAUCCAGUGGUCCAGUGGUUAGUGAAGAGAGCCAUAGAGACGAGAGAGGAGUUAGGAGAUCAGAUAAGAGCAUUCUCUAUCUCACAAUUCAGCAAGAAUCACAAAACACCCGAGGAUGUGGAAUUUGAUGACAGGAAGGACACUUCCAUUUCAACAGUAGGGGUGAUUAAGGAUUCCUACAAGGCUCAGAGGAAAUACCGCAGAUCCGAUGCCCACAAGCUGAGGGAAGAAGAGCUGAGAGUUCAGUCAACUUUGCUUGAGUAUGGAAGGAGAUACGGCGUUGGAGGUAGCAGUCAGAAUGAGAAAGAAUCCGAGAAGGACCCUAAGAAGAAAGCCGUGGCCGCUGGUCUGUCGCCGGUUACCAAGGGAGGAGCGGGAGGUGGAGAGGAUGCGGAGGAAGAGAGGAUACAGGAGGAGAAAAGGAUACAGGCUUUAAUGAAAGGCAUGGAUGCCAUGGAAGAGGGUAAAGUGACUGCUAGCAUGGUGGGUAGCAUCGUUGGAUUGCAAUCAGAUGUCAUUGGCCAGCUAGCUGAGGAAUAUGCAGGAAGGAAAUCCGAGCUUCAGCAGAUGGAGGAGAAGCCCGAGAGGAUGAGUGGAGCCCAGCAGCACCAGAGGAUAGUAGCAUCCUUACAGAAACAGGUCACUGCUGUCACCAAGAAAGUAGAAGAGUCGAGGGCAUCAGCAGAGAGCCAGCAGGUGGCCUACAGUGAGACACAGCAGAGACUCCAGGAGGUAGACACAUACUCCUCCAGGAUCGAUGAGGAGAUGGCCAAACUGGAUGAAGUCGGAGGAGAAAACAAAGGAGUUCUUAAAGAGCUGAGAGGCCUUGUAGCCAUGAAUGAGAGUCUGAAGAAACAAGAACAGGAAUUCAGGGCACACUGUAAGGAAGAGAUGCAGAGAUUGAAGCAGAGCAUAGCGGAUCUACGAGGUCUGGAUGGUAGCGGGGAGGUCCAGAUGUCUGAGAGAGAUCAACUCAUCGCCAGGCAGUAUGAAGCUGAUAAAGAAAAACUGCAGAAGAUACGGCUACUACUGGCUCGUAAAAACCGUGAAAUUUCGCAGCUCCAAAGAAAGAUAGAUGAAGUGCCUACGAGAGCAGAGCUUACUCAGUAUCAGAAGAGAUUCGUUGAGCUUUAUAAUCAAGUUGGCAGCACACAUAGGGAGACAAAGCAAUUCUACACUCUAUAUAACACGCUGGACGAUUCCAAACUAUACUUAGAUAAAGAAGUCUCACUACUUAACUCAAUCUAUGACAAUUUUGAGCAAGCAAUGUCCUCAUCAUCUGGAAAGGACCAGUUUCUCAAACAAUUUGAUCAAAUUGUCAAUGGAGUCAAGCAAAAUUACUCAAAGGUUGAGAAGAAGAAACAGGAGGAGAAAAUGAAGAGAGAUCAAUUCAAUGAUACCUAUCUAGAUCUGGUAGAGAAGCAGAGAUUGUACUUCAAAACGGUCAAAGAAUUCCAAGAGGAAUGUCGAAAGAAUGAAAUCUUGUUGUCCAAACUUCAAGCGGCAAAUUGAGCAAACACACCUCAAGAUUUCAACAGGAAACUUCCAGCUCAGCAACGAUAUUGCCAAAACAUCUGUAGCCUAUCAAUACGAUGGGCUAAAUUUGAGUGAUAUCCAGGGGGUCAGUUUCUGCUAUUUACUUAAAGGUAAAGACCAGUUUUGGAAACGCCCCAAUUUCAAAAAAUGAAAUGGAAGCUCUUAUUACCAAUCAUGAAAGAG